UGCUGAUUUGUCAGAUUUCCUGUGCGGUGCAUGGCAUGCUUGACAGGAUUGCUGACGGGUGACGCAGAUACUCAGCCGAACCUUUUAUUUUUUGCCAUCCUUUAACGGAGGAGAAACGACACUCAAGAAAGCCAAGUGACCGGCGUCGGAGCUUUUAGUAGCUUCCGCCCUUUUCCUCUUUCCGCCUUCCCCCACACGAGAAUCACUUUUUCCCCCCCUCCUCGGCGUGUCAUUGCUCCACCGGCGUGCUUGAAAAAAGCUAGCGGCUCUCGUGAAAAUGGCGGAUGUGUCAAGUGAAAAGAGCUUGGACGACUUCUUUGCUAAACGGGACAAGAAGAAGAAGAAAGACAAGGGCAAGGCCAAGGAGUCAGCCGUCUCCUCGACAGGCCUUAAAAAGAGCAAGAAGGAGAAUGAAAAGUCGUCGAAAGGCGACGGUCAGGACGCCAACAUGGACAAGGAGGACGAGGAGUGGAAAGAGUUUGAGCAGAAAGAGGUUGACUACAGUGGCCUGAGGCUCCAAGCAUUGCAGAUAAGUGACGAGAAGGAUGAAGAAGACUACGAUGACGAGGAGCAGGACGAGGACGGGGAUGUCCUCAUUGUCGCGGGCGGUGACAAAAUGUCAGGCCCUUGGAACAAGUCCUCUUCUGCUCCUGCGCCGGUUGCACCAGUUGAGGAGGUGGAGACGGUCGAUUCAAAGGCGCCGGGGGGCGUGUACCGUCCCCCGGGGGCUCGCUUUUCCUCAUCCAAACGAGCUCAGACUCAGGGACCCCCAGAGAUCUUCAGCGACACCCAGUUCCCAUCCUUGAUGGCCACCGGCAAGCAUGUGGAGACGCGCAAGGACCGCGAAAUGGAGAAGACGUUUGAGGUCGUGAAGCACAAGGGUCGCGGCCGAGAGGACGGCAAUGCCACCGCCACGGUGCAGCACCUGCAGCUGGAUAACCAGUUUGCUGUCCUGGGGGACAAGUAAGACAUGCGUGCCACCGCCGCUGCCAUUUGGCGCACCCCCUACCAACCAAUGAGGAGGAAAAAAAGCGGCUGAACGUUGUGCUAACGCACUCGCCGCCAACAACACACGCACACACACACGCACACACACAUAUGCAUUUAAAUCAUCACAUCAAAGGUUCACCAGGUUGGGAAGGGGUGGAGGUGGUGUGGGGAUGCAACUCCAAACAAGCUUUUCACGGCAAGGACUUUGUGGACCACGCUUGUCUAUCUGGACUUCAUCAAGGUGAUUUUAUGAACUUGUGUGUGUUUGUGUGGGAAGAAUCUAUUUUUCUGCGCUGUCACACACACAUACAUGCACAUGCGUGGGCUCUAGGGGGUGCGUUUGGGCGUCAUGAGUGGAGGACACUACCUUGACCACCUGGACUCUGUUUUGGCCCCACAAAAAAAUCCUGCACCUGUGGCGGUGAACGGGAUAUGAGCUGCGGGGUGAUGAGACUCUCACGAUUCCCUAAUAAAGUGGCCUUAUGGAUACGAAUGUCUCGGUCAUCCCAGGAGCGCUAAAUGUACUUGAAGUCACCACAAGAGAAGAAGAAAAAGAAAAAUGGGAAUUUUGCAGAUGUAGUUUGGAAGAUUUCAAAUCUUGUUUCCUCAUAUCCGCUGUUUAGUUUCAAAGCUCUCCAUUAUUAUCAUAAUCAGAUCAACAGUGGCUUGCCAGUCACGGCCAUUGUGUGACACCUUACCAAUGAGUAACAAUUCAAAUGCGUGGCUCUAUCAAUUUAACUGCCAAUUCAGUUCUAGCAGUCAAUUGAGCAUUAGUUUUGCAAGUUAAAUGAUGAAUAGUGUGUGUGAAUUUCUUUUAGUUUUUUGUCAAUUCCAUAAUGAGUACAGUAAGUGCUGGGAUACUUGUGUGCGUGUAGUUGAAGUAGAACAUGUUUGUGACAAAAAACGAGAGCCAAUUUAUCAAAUAAAAGUGCUAAUCUGGAA